AUGCUGAAUACUUCGCGCAUCGCCCCUACGCAGGGACGAGGAUUAGGCUCUUACAACCCAGUGGUGGUCAACACCGCGAAGCCUACCGAGUCGCCCGUGGCGCCCGGCGACCAGGCACCGGACAGCGGCUUCGACUCUGGCGAGGCGUACACCGGAGCCGCGGGCGUCGAGGGCGGCGUCCUGGGCAUGCUCGAGGUCAUCAAGUCCGACUUCGAGCGCACCGUCACCGAGACGGAGAAGGACGAGCGAGAGGCUGCGCAGGAGCACCUCGAGUUCAUGACGGAGACAG